CUGCUAUCUUUAUCGGAGAGUUCCUCAAAAUUUCAAGAUGCCAAAAAUUGUUGCGGCCGCUAGCGUGGUUGCCAAGGAUAAUUAAGGCAGGCUGGCUCCAGGUGCCGAAGUUGAAAUGGUGGAUCCGAACAAAGGACACCGACGUCUGUGAGACUCGGGGCCGACUUUAUUAUAAGAGAAAUAUCACCAAGACGACACGAGUAACCUUUCCUCACAGCCUCAAAUACUUUGAUUUGGCGGCCCCAUGGUUCCACGGCGAUAAUACAAUGUCGUCUCAACUCCUAUCCCUCGCGGGAUGGGCAUUCCUACCAAAUCUCGUCACCAACGCCCUCCAAUCCGUCUGGUACGGCAUCACCAUCCGCGCCGGCGACCCCAAACCCCAACCCCGCACCCCCCUCCACGCCACCCACCGCCGCCGCAUCCACAUCGCCGUCAUAACCACCUACCUCCUCUACACCAUCUACGAAGCGCACCACACCAUCCGCCAAUCCUCCGACUACUACCAAGACCUCGGCCUCCCCCACGGCGCUUCCGAUCGCGAAAUCAAAUCCCGCUUCCGCCGCCUCGCCGCGCUCUACCACCCGGACAAAGUCGCCAAGACAGCCACCUCGACGGAUUUCUUCCACCACCUCAAGACCGCGCAGGAUACCCUCCUCAACCCCUCCGCGCGCUUCGCAUAUGACCGCUUCGGGCCCGACAUCAUGGGCUGGACGAACAUGUCGUCGAUCCACGAUUACCUCACUAUAGGCGCCGUCGGGAUCCUCCAGUACUACGGCAUUGGCGCGGUCAUGAUGUACGUCCUCGGCUUGACGGGACACCUUCAAUUUGGGGUCUACUGGCGCUGGCUGGGCCUCCUCUCCCUCGCUGUCCUAGAAGCGCAUAUUGUCUCCCGGCCCUACGCACCGCGCUUCGCCUCGCACCUCCUUAACCCCCUCCUCACGAACCUGGGGGGGCAACCACCCUACCUCCCCUUCCAACUCAUCGCCAUCCUGCGCAAAUGCGCCCUAACCCUCUUCAUCGCGCUCUCACAACUGGGUCCCCUCCUCUCGCCGCAGGUAGCAGCGAAGUCCGGGACGGAAGAAGAGCAGCUUAUGGGGCAGGUAGAGCGGAUGGCAGCGCUGGCGGGGGCGGCGGAUGCAGAGGCGUCGCGGCUGGUGGCGAUGGGGAUGGCGCCGUUUGUGGGGGAUGCGGAGGCGGUGAAGGAGGUGCAGAGGAGGACGAGCGAGUGGUUGGUUAGUAAUACUAUUAGGUCGGAUCCGGAGGUGAGGGAUGCGUUGGGGAAUGUGUUGAAGAGGAGGACGGAUGCGCCGGCGGGGGCGAGGGGGAAUAGAUAG